AUGGACAGCCGACAGUUGUGGGCCUGGCUAAGGCGGUUCUCUGCUCGGACGUGGAAGAGGCUGCUGGCCUGGCUACCAGCAGUCCUAGACUUCUUUAAGAGCUACAGCAACCGACUACGAGAGAUGGCUGAAAUAGCCGGAGCCGAAACUGGCGUGUUGGCAAUCAGUCUAAUAGUUAACCGGCAGCUGCACACCUUGGAGAGGACCCUCUGGCUGGUGGUCGUCCUGAGCAGUAUCUACGCCGCUAUUAUGCUCAGCGGCCUGCAGUACGAGCGGUACCUCAACUCCCCCACUGUCAUAUCGGUGGACCGAGACUAUCGUGGCUGGAAUGGCUCGUUGCCGGCAGUCACCCUGUGCUACUACGAUCACAUAGACUCGUUCAAGGCGAACGAGUACAUUCAGGAUGCGUGGAACGUGUCCAUUAUUGACGAGGACUACUUCUACUUUAUGGACUUUAUGUAUGCGGUGGUCAAUUCCACGGCCAGCAACUACGCGGAGCUGGCCAAGUUUGCGGAGGACGAGCGCUUCGACCAGAUUGAUCUGUACGAACUGAUACAGCAGGUGGAUCGGCCCUUCGAGCAGGUCAUCAGCAGCUUCGAUGCCAACUUCAAGGUCCAUGUCCAGAUGGUGAUGACAGAGCGCGGCUCCUGCUAUGCCAUCAACUCGCCCAUGUCUUCGGUGCUCAGCGGAAAACCCAUCGUCUAUGAGGAUAUGGAACAGCCGCUCUCCUGUCAGUACGGCAAGCAGCAGUGCUACAUUCGAAUGGACCUGUACGAGAGCACGGGCGUGCUGGACGUGCACUCGCCGUAUGAGGUAUCCGCAACAGAGGCGAACAUUGUGGCGCUGCACAAAUCCGAUGAGAUAACGGCCUCGUUCAAGGUGCUCGAGACGGUGGCGUCGAAAAAUCUCCACCAACUGAGCGUGGCACAGCGCAAAUGCGUGUUCAACAACGAGGAGACAUCCAAUCUGGAGAUCUAUAGCAAAUCUCUUUGCCUGGCUCGCUGUCGGGCUGUGAUGGCACUGGAGAUGUGCAAUUGUGUGCCCUUCUUCUACCAGUUUGUGGAGGGGCCUGGCUGCAAUCCGGCGGGAUUCGAGUGCCUGCUGGACUUCAAGUGGCCCAUCUGGGCCCUGCACAUCUGCAAGUGUCCCUCGACGUGCACGGAGAUUGAGUACACCAUGCAAACGGUGAAGAAGAGCUCGUGGGGCGUAAAGAAUAACGACGAGGUGGCCAGCAGUGAGACGGCUACCUCCAGCUUCCGUUGGGACCUGAUUCCGCCCAAGGUGCGUUUGCGUCGUGAUGUUGUCUAUAGCUUUGAGGAUCUCAUUGUGUCCUUUGGCGGCGCCUUGGCCUUCUUCGUGGGCGUCAGUGUGCUGGGUCUGGUGGAGAUGGGCCAUGUGCUGCUCCACAACAUGAUCCUAGAUAUUUCCAUUCUGAUCCGCUGGAUCUACGCUCAGGCUAGACGACACAGAGCCAGCCAUAGAGCGGUAGCGGAGGCGUCUAAAGAGCAGCGUCUCUCGUUGGCCGACACCGCGGAACUGCCGCCGUUUGACUAUGUGAAUUGA